CGCGCUGACGGGGAGCGCGCAGGCGCGCGGCCGCAGUCACGCAGGAGGGCGUGAGUUGAGCAGAAGAGCAGCGGAGAAGUUUUUGGGAGACGAAGCAAAGUGACGAGUCCCGAGAGGAGGAAGUUACAUUCGAUCAUUUUCACCGGUCAGGUGUUUUUUUUAUUGAUCCCGCGCGCACGUUACCGGUAGUUAGUGCGCGUGGUUUCACCUGCGUGACGUUAGAGGACGAGGGAACGUCCGACAGGUGAGCAGCUCUUCCGGCUCCUGAGGUCCGGGUCGAAAUACCUGAAGUUUCUCUGGGAAAACAUUCACUGACACGAUACAGAGGCUGUGAUUGGUCGGUGGAGAAGAGAGACUCCUCCCCAUUGUCGAAGGCCGAUGGCGGCAGAGGAACUGAUCCAGGACCGCGACGACGUCCGUCCCCACGUGGAGGUGGACGUGACCACGGAGCAUCCCGACAGGCCUCUGAGGGCGACCAACGGCGACCCCGGUCGCCACGCCUCCUCGCCGCCUGACUCCGCCCCCGAGGAGCAGCCCGAGUGCGGCAAGCUGAGCAGCCUGUUCAAGCAGAACCAGCUGAUCCACUCGCUGAGCAGCGGGCUGCGGCGCCACUGCGACUACGUGAAGAUCGCCGUGCCGGAGGAGCGCGCCGACGCCCUGCCGGCCGAGUGGUGGAAGACGGGCGUGGCUUUCCUCUACGCGCUCUUCGUCCUGGUCUUCACCACCGUCAUCAUCACCGUGGUGCACGAGCGGGUGCCGGACAAGUCGGUUAGUCCGCCGCUGCCCGACAAGUUCUUCGACUACGUGGACCGGGCGCCGUGGGCCUUCACCGUCACCGAGGUCAACGGCCUCAUCCUCUGCGGCCUGUGGCUCGUCCAGCUGCUCUGCCUCAAGCACAAAGCCAUCGUCGGGCGGCGCUGCUUCUUCCUCAUCGGGACGCUCUACAUGUAUCGCUGUGUCACCAUGUACAUCACCACGCUGCCGGUGCCGGGGAAGCACAUGGUGUGUGCUCCCAAGCUGUACAAUGACUCUACGGGGAAGAUCUGGAGGAUCCUGGGGAUGAUCUCCGGAGGAGGUCUGUCUCUGACCGGGUCCCACCUGAUGUGCGGUGACUUCCUGUACAGCGGUCACACCGUCAUGUUGACGCUCUCCUACCUCUUCAUCAAAGAGUACUCCCCACCCUGGAUGUGGUGGUACCACUGGUCCUGCUGGCUGCUCAGCGCCUCGGGGGUCGUCUGCAUCCUGGUCGCUCACGAGCACUACAGCGUGGACGUGGUGAUCGGCUACAUCGCCAGCACCCGGACCUUCUGGUGGUACCACACCAUGGCCGACACACACGCGCUCCGUCAGCCUCCCAGCAGCUUCCUGUCCAGGACCUGGUGGAGCCCCGUCUUCAACUUCCUGGAGAGGAACGUCCACACGGCGGUCCCCAUCACCUUCUCGUGGCCGGUCACACUGCCUUCCUGCUGCAGACCGCGGUACCGCAUGGUGGAGGGGGGGAGGGACGAGUGAUA